UUUUUCUUCUUUUUUGGUGGUCGUGUAUCCUUUCAUUUCACACUCUUCACCAACCCCCCCAAAUUCGCCUUCUAUAAAAUGCAAUUUAUACUUUUUAUGCUCGAAUCCUCUGGAAAACUACACAAACACAAUUCACACUUCAUCUUUCUUUCUUAUGUUCAUGAUCGUUGAUCGGAAUCUUCUGAAAGAAGAAUCGUGUUGGAAGUUAUGAUCGUCUCUUCUUUGAUUUGUAUUCGAUUUCAACAAGUUCACGGUCAUGGAAAAAACUAAGAAAUCAUCAACCGUCGCCGGAAAUAGCCUUCCUAGUUACGAUCUGGCUCGUUCUAACUCGAUCCUUUCUGGAUUUUACUGUUGGGGAUGGGAAUUCCUCACCGCUCUUCUGCUUUUUAGUUAUUGAGUCCGCCUUUUGAUUAUUGUUCUCAAUUCGAUUUCAUUUUCGUUUUUCGAUUCUGUGUAGAAUUUUAGGGAUUAAUUUAGGUUAAAUCAAGUAGCUGAAGUUCGAUCGGAGGUAGGUGAGAUUCUGAAAUUUGCAAAGGAAAAUGGUGCAUAGAUCAUCUCCGGCCCCGUUUCUGAUAAAGACGUAUCAGUUGGUGGACGAUCCGAUGACGGAUGAGAUGAUUUCGUGGAAUGAAACCGGUGGUGGUUUUGUGGUUUGGAAAACUGCAGAUUUCGCAAGGGAUUUGCUUCCUAAUUCCUUCAAACACAACAAUUUCUCCAGCUUUGUUCGUCAGCUUAAUACUUACGGUUUCCACAAAACUGUUCCCGACAAAUGGGAGUUCGCCAACCAAUAUUUCAAGCGUGGUCGGAAGGACCUUCUCAUCGAGAUCCAUCGUCGGAAAACCGUCGCUCCACCAAAAGGGAAGUCCGACGGAGCUGGUGAUUCGGCAUCACCGCCUUCUAGUUCCGGCGAUGAUCUCGGUUCUAGCUCAACCUCGUCGCCGGGUUCAAAGAAUCCCGGCUCCGUGACUCCGCCACUGACGGUGGAAGAACUUGAGAACUUAUCCGGCGAGAACGAGAAACUGAAGAAAGAGAAACAGUUGCUGACGUCGGAGCUUGAGCAGGCGAAGAAGCAAUGUGACGAUCUCGUGGCGUUCUUGUGUCGGUGCGUGAAGGUGGCUCCCGAACAAAUCGAACGGAUCAUGAGUGGCAGCGACGUGGCGGUUGGUGAGAUAGCGACGUUGGAAAAUGAAACCAACGUUGAUGACGACGACGACGAUGAUAAAGACGGAGAUUGUUUCCGUUUGUUUGGAGUAUUGUUGAAAGAUGAGAAGAAAAAGAGGGGCCGUGAUGAGGAAAAGGAAACUUUUGGGGCCCAAAUGAAAAAAAUGAAAGUUCAGGGUGAUUUCAACAACCACACUCCAUGGAUGAAGAACCUAUACUCUGCAACCGAGCAGUACAACAAGGUAUGCAACUAACGAAUAAACAGACGCCACGUGGUCAGUUGUGGGAUGGUAUAGCCUCUUUUUGAUGCAAAUGGGUCGUUGUUCUCUACUCUGUUUUCUAUAUAUUUACAAAUGGAAAAAUAUUCUUAUA